ACGCAAUGCAAGGGCGUAAAGGCAUGCGAAGGCCAUAUCAUCGCAAUUUUGGUUCGAGGAGCGAUGAAACACUGACAUUUGGGGGCAGCUGUCAGCAAUUUCUCCCUUUUCUUCCUCAUUUACUUAUCCCUCUCGCUUCCCGCAUCCCACGCCGCCGUCCUCCGCACCGUCCACGCCGCCGUCCUCCGACCACCGCGACUCUGCCGCAGCCGCCCUCUGCACCGUCCUCGCCGCGCACCACCGCGACUCUGACCGUGGCCCGCAGUCCUGCCUCGCUGCCAGUACUGAGCCCGCAGGCGGCGCCCGCAGCCGAGCCGGAGGUCGCCAGCGCCGCCAGAAGACUUGCUUCGAGGGAUUCCCUACGGGCUCAAGGUCAAUCAGGUGUGGUCGCAGUUUUCCAUUUUUAGGGUUCAGCUAAACUGGCCCCCCAUGUCCCAUGGUGUGCCCGCCCCCAUGUUAGAAGAGUUGGCGAGGGAGGCAACACUCGCCGAUGUGUCUAUUCUUGUAGAUGGGAAUGACGCAGAGCUACAUGUACAUGGCAAUGGCGCAGAGGUACAUGAUAAUGGCACAGAGUUACAUGGCAAUGGUGCAGUGCUGAAAAGAGUUGAAAUGCCCCAGGAUUUGGGAGCGAUUUCAGCCAAGGAGGUGCCGCUGCAUGAGGGCAAGGAGGUGAUACUUGUGGAUGAUAAUGACAGCGGGCAGGAAGAUGAUGCAGAGGGUAAGGUGGAUGAGAACACACCUCGUGUUGGGCUGAGAUUCAAAACUUAUGAUGACGCUCUCAAGUACUAUAAACAAUAUGCUGAGGAUUCUGGGUUUUCAGCAAUCAUUCUGAAGUCGUCGUAUUUAAAGUCAGGGGUGUGCCGAAGGUUGGUGAUUGGAUGUAGUCGAGCUGGGAGAGGGAGAGCAAAUGCGUGCUAUCUAUCAAGAGAGUCGACCAAGAUAAAUUGUCCAGCAAGGAUAUCUUUGAAGUUAAGGCAAGAUAGAUGGCUUCAUAUUGAUGAUGCUAAGCUCGAGCACAACCAUCCAUACAACCAGUCCACUACAUCACUUAUUAAUUGUUAUAAAAAACUAACAGAUGCCAAGAAUGGGGUAUCUGCCUCACGAUUGAAGGGUCGCAGGAACAUUCCAGCUGAAAAAGAGCAAGGGAACUUCACGGAGAUAGGAAGGCUUAAAUUUGGGGAAGGAGACGAUGAAUAUAUCCAGAAGUUUUUUGGGAAUAUGCAGAACAAGAAUCCUUACUUCUUCUACUUAGUAGAUUUGGAUAAUCAGGGACGUUUGAGGAACUUAUUCUGGAGUGAUGCUAGGUCACGGGCAGCGAAUGAUUACUUUGGUCAUGAUGUUGUUUACUUUGACACCUCAUACUUGACAGAGAAAUAUGAUUUGCCACUUGUUUUCUUCACUGGGAUGAAUAAUCAUGGUCAGCCUGUUCUGUUUGGUACUGCUUUACUGUCAGAUCUAAGUGUUGAUAGUUAUGCUUGGUUACUUAGAGCAUUUUUAUCAUGUAUGAAGGGUCUCUGCCCAAAGGCAAUCAUCACUGAACAUUACAAUGCUAUUAUGGAUGCUGUUCAAGAAGUUCUCCCUGAAGUUAGACAUCGCCUUUGCCUGUAUCGUAUUAUGAAAGAUGUAGCAGAGAACUUGAAAGAACAUGCAGAGUUUAAAACAAUAAAUAAAGCACUGAAGAAAGUAACAUAUGGAUCUUUGAAGAUACCAGAGUUUGAAAUGGAGUGGAAGAAGAUUAUCGAAGAGCAUGGACUUGGAGGAAAUGAGUGCCUCAGUUCCCUUUAUGAGCACCGCCAACUCUGGGCACCUGCAUAUCUGAGAGAUAAAUUCUGGGCAGGGAUGUCUAUUUCACAGCGAGGGGAGUCUAUUUCCUCGUACUAUGAUGGGUUUGUGUACCCAAAAACUUCUUUGAAGCAAUUUUUUAGUAAAUAUGAGAUGAUAUUAGAGAACAAAUACAAAAAGGAGUGGCAAGCAGAUGAAGAAUCUUCCCAUAGGUCUCCAUUGACUGUAACAAAAUUUUACAUGGAAGAGCAGCUGGCUAAAGCCUAUACAAUAAACAUGUUCAGAAAAUUUCAAGAUGAGUUGAAAGCAACAAUGUAUUGCGAUGGUAUGCCAAUUAAAGUUGAUGGCCGACUUGUUACUUUUGAAGUGAAAGAAUGCUCAUACAUGGAAGAUGGAAAGGACACAGAGAGCAGGACCUAUGAAGUUUACUUUUGUAAAGAAGAACCCAAAGUUGAAAUUGAGUGUGAAUGUGGUUUCGUUCAGUUCACUGGCAUCCUGUGUAGACAUGCAUUGUCUGUGUUGAAGUUGCAGGAGAUAUUUGAGAUCCCAAAAGAUUAUGUUCUCGAUCGCUGGAGAAGGGACUAUAAGAAAUUAUAUUAUAAUGCAAAGAAACCUAAUGAAAUGCCUCUUAGUGACAUUGUUGAACGCUCUGAUUAUUUGUUCACACAAUGUAGUCAGCUGCUCAAUCUAGGGUUUGUAUCUGAGAGUAGGUACCUUGUUGCUCUGAAGUUACUGAGAGAAAUGGAAAGAUCUCUUCUGGAUGAUGGACUACCUGCUAGAGACAGGCAGCCAAUGCUUCUUUCCUUUGAGGCUGAUGCACCAGAAAAUGGUCAAGGCCUUUUUAGUCCUCAGUUUUCAGAGGGCGUAAAGAAUUCUCAGUCAGCCCAUGCAAAGCGCCGUGGCCGGCCACUGAAGAAAGUGACAGAAUCUACUGAUGAUACCGUAACACAGCCAAAUAAAGAACAGGAUUUCCUACGAUCAUCAUUUGUCACAGAAAAUACAAAUAUGAUCCAAGGGCCAUCUUCUGCCUCCCAUCUUGAAGGUCCUCACAUGGGAGUGCAAGGAGGCAUUGAUUUAAUGGAUGGAAUACCAAAUCUCUCAUUUGGUAAUCAUUUUGGAAUGGAUAUUAAUCACCAACAUCAAGUACCCAACCACCAAAGGAUGCAGCAGAACAAUUUCAUACAGGUGCAGGCAGAACCACAUGGGUUUGGGAAUCAGUGGGUUUACCACCCAAUGUUGCAGGAUAAUCCAGUGCUAAGAACUCCUGCACGAAGAGCAGGGUAGUGUGUAUUCAUUGCUCUAAUUAUUUCAGUUAAACUUUAGGCACCAUGACUUCUCAGGCUCCUGUAAUGACUUCCUGAGUCCUGAACUAACCUAAGGAUACCGAGGCUGUACGUGGCACUGGCACUCCAGAAUCCAGAUGGCAAGAACUUGGCAGUGAAUCCAAUUGAUUCUAACAUUUUUGUUAUAUGAUACUGUUAGCUGCUCUCACUAGGAUGAAUGUUCAAACUGUACAUAGCACUGGCUCUAUAAUAUGAUCUUUUUAUUUCCUGAUUUGCGCCAGAACUGAUAUUUUGUGGCAGAGGACGCGUAUUGUUUAGCAUAUUGGUUUGUUUCAGACAAAGAUCAGACUAGUAUGCUGUAUGCCUUUAAAA